AACCACAUGAGACAAAGCGACUGAGACAAGCGGCUCCGACAGAGGAGGAAAAAAAAAAAUGAUCGGCGCUGAGUCGGAGAAUCCGAAUCCGAUUCCCAUUCCGUCUCUCUGGUUUCCAGGGAAGACGGUUGUAUACCCUGUCACAGCUUCCGCACGUGCGCAGGAGAUGGCUAAGUACCGGGAAGAGCUGAUCGGACUUUUGCGCAACGUGCCGGAAUCGGACUACGAGCUCUCUCUCACGGACCUGGUCGAGAAGCAAUCGGCAGUCGAUGACUCAGUCGUCGAGUCGAGUUUUUCCGAACAGAGCAGGAAUCGGCCUGGCGGGCUGACGUGGAAGGGAAAGCAUAAGAAGAGCAAGAGCGUGAGCGGCAGCGGGCGAGGUGUGCUGCUGAACUUGUUCGUGCCCGUUUCGAUGACUCGGAGCCUCACCAGGUCGGGUUCGUCCGUGUCGACUCGGGCUCCGCUCGAUUGCAACGGAAGGGUGGAUGCGUCUCCCGGCUGCUUGUCUGUUAUUUGGGACAGAAGCAAAAGCCGAUCGAGGAGGCAGAAAGGAGAGAAUCAAUGAAAAGACGAAAAUACCCUUGCGUGACGUCACAAUCAACGAGAUCUCCGGGCGCCAUUCAGGGGCAGAACAGGAAGAGUUCAUUUUGCCUCUGUCGGGACUAACGAUGUUGCCGUUGCGUGCGUCGCCACCGACUGGCGCCCAUGUUUAGAUGGUCCGAUGGUUUGAACCGUCCCUGCUCUCCUCACUACCGUAAAUAAGCUAUUUAAGUAAGCUUCAGUGAUGAUCCUAACCUUUGAUUUUAUAGUUGAAUGUGAGCCAUCGAAACUUUUUAUUUUCAUUGUUCUAAAUUCAUCAACAUAUAGUGAUGGUUACGAUCAUCUGUUCAAAAAAAGUGUUUUUUUAAG